AUGGAUCAGCCGGGUCCAUCCUCAUCCAAUCAGGACCCGCGAUGCGAUUUUAUUGGAUCCUACGUUGUCAAGUCUUUAAAACUGAAACCUGAGAAAUGGAUGCGUGUGUUGAGUAUAGAGGAGCACAGAACCACGUUAAAGGAAUUCUUAGACAAACCUUAUCCCAUUCUUUUGGUGAUAGUUUUGACACAUGCCGCUCAGCUUGUCCCAGUUGUAUCCUUUCCUUGUUACCUGAAAAAUAAAGCAGUUUAUUUCGUUAAAAAGAAACCGGACGUAGUUCCUAAAGAGAAAUGCGCUGAGAUGGUAAUUUUUGGAGACCUCGCUCCAAGAUUGAUAGACGAGCUGGCAUCUUUGGUAGAUGAAGUGUUCGUUCCUCUUCUAUCGAAUCCACUGAACCAUGAAGGAUGGCCACUUGUCGUCUCUCAAGAUAUCCUCAAGCAAAUACAUAAUCUCAAAAGCACGGUUUAUGAGGUUAAAGGUAAAGUGAAUGGCCAAACGGUGCUGCCAAUGCCAGUUGGCGUCGAACUAGUGUAUGAAGCGGAAAAAGGGCUCUUACGAGGGGAAGAAGUAGACUUAUACUUAAAGAGUGCCAUUGAAGGAGUUGUUAUAAAAUGGGCUCAGCAAAUCAAUGAUGUCAUGAUGGAAGAUUCAGCACUUGCAUUUGAAAAUGGACAAAAUCCUUUGCCGAGUGUGGAACUCGCCUUUUGGAAGUCACGUCUGAGUAAUCUCAACUACAUUUACGAUCAGCUACGCACGGAUCGCGUUCGAUGCAUGGCCGUUAUAUUGGAAAAAACUACCUCCGCCUACUACCCUUGUUUCAGUCGGUUGUUUAAAAAUAUUGUGUCAGCAUUGGCGGAAGCGCGAGAAAUCGAUUUAUACCUAAGGACCUUGGAGAAACAUUUUCAGGGACUUGAAGAUACUGAUUUUACUGAGUGUCAACCAUUAUUUCGCCCACUCUUUCAUGUUAUAUGUCUGGUGUGGCGCGAUUCCAAAUACUACUGUAGCUCGUCAAAGCUCAUGGUUUUGAUAAAGCAGAUCUGUAAUUUACUUGUCUAUCAGGCCAAGAAAUGCCUUGACCCGAGUACCCUGUUUCACAGUGACAUAGAUGAAGCAAGGCAACGAAUUCAGUUGACGAUUGACAUAUUGAAAAGCUUCCGAAACACAUUUGACUAUUUUAAAGAAAAUUUGCCCAAAUAUUUUAUUGAUCGCGCAGUAAUUCCGUGGACAUUUCAUCCGAAUGUAGUUUUCGAAAGGAUGAAUAAAUUUUUAGGGAGACUGAAUACCAUUCAGUGGUUUUUCAAAACAGUUUUAGAGUUUCAAAAACUAGAAAAGAUCGAAAUUGGUGGAAUGAAAGGACGUGUACUAGGUGGACAGAUCAGAGAUAUUUCAGCUGAAUUCGACGCAUACUUUCAUAGUUUUGCUUCGAAAUCUUAUGAUGUCUUAGAUCCCGAUGAUGAAACUUUUAACGAGGACUUCAAAGCAUUCCAGGAAAAUAUAAUUGAUUUGGAUCUUAAACUGUCCACAGUCCUAGUUGAAUCGUUUGAUAACUGUUCUACUUUAGAAGGAAUAUUUAAGUUGAUCGAUAUUGUGGGCUCCGUGUUAGAUCGACCACUCAUUAAAAACGAAUUUACAGCCAAAUACGUCGAAAUAAUCGUUAUGCUCGACGAAGAAAUAGGUAUCUGCGAAGAACUUUUUAGAGAACAAUGCAAACGUCAAGAGAAAUAUGGUCACAUGGAAAUAGACGCAUUCUUCCCACCUAUAGCGGGAGGAAUUUUAUAUAUGACGACAUUAGCUGCUAGAGUCACUAAACCAGUAUCUUGCUUUAGAAAUUUACAACACCCGAUCAAAGAUUGCGAGGAUGCGAAUAAAUUAUUUACGAGAUACGAGAAACUCAUGGAUGACAUUAAUGAGUUUAAGAAGAAAUUUUUUCAUGAAUGGGCUGUAACAAUUCCAAAGAUUAUCGAGGAAAAAUCAAACAAUGCAAUCCUAGCGCGACAAGGCUCAGAUCUCGUGUUAAACUUCAGUCCAGCGCUUUUUGAACUAAUGAAAGAAGUUCAUCAUCUACGAGUUAAUCCUGAACUAAAAAAGGAAUUGCCUAGUGAAAGUUUGGAGUUAUUUGGGAAACAAGAAAUAUUCAGACAGUAUCGUAUUAAUCUUACCAUAACGAUCGACUGGUAUAACCAGAUACGCAAAAAUAGCCAAAAGGUGGAAUUUGAUCUAGUCGAAGAUGAAAUAAAAGCGAUAGAUCAAAGGAUUGAAAUGGGACAAAAUGAACUAAACUGGAAUUCAAAAGAUCUUUGGGAUUAUUUGCAAGAGUUGCAUAAACUGGUCGGUAACUUGUAUGAGCGUAUGUCAAGAAUACAAGACAAUUUGAAAGAGAUAAAAGCUAUAAUGAAACCUUGGACGUCACAGCCAUUGUUCGAAAGAAAAGAGGAGAAAAAGGACACAUUGCUUAAUUUAGAUGACUGGCCAGAAAGGACGAACAAACGCUAUACUGAAAUUAAAGAAACGGCUGAUCGAAUAAUGGUGCUUCUUCAAGAAAACAUGGAACUAUUUAAUAUGCAAGAUAAUCAGGACAGUGAUAUUUGGCUGUCGUAUGUUGCAUUUAUAGAUAGCUUAAUUGAAGAAACUUUAUUUAAGUCGAUAGCUUGCAGUUUAGGUUAUGUCUCCGAACACAUGAACCCUAAGAAUAAACUAGCUCCACUGUUUGAAGCCCAGUUAGAGCUUUUAGAACCUGAUAUGGUUUUCUGUCCUAGCUUAGACCCUAACGAAGAAAAAGGAUUUACAGCUAUGAUUAAUAAUUUGAUUAAUGAUAUUCUAAAAAUGUCAACAUUCGUUAAAAGAGUUGAUCCAAAGAAAGAGGAAUCCUACAAUGAUCAGAUUAUAAGCCACAGUGACAUCAUUGAGAUGAAGGAUGAAAUUCUAAGUGGGAUUGAAAGAGUGAUAGAAGAAGCAAAUGAGUUUUGUAAAACGUUCGAGACCUAUUGUUAUUUAUGGCUUGAGGAGCGCGAUGCUAUCAUGGAAAUAUUUCUGACAUAUGGUAGAAUAUUAUCUCCUGAUGAAAUAGAUCGGAUUGGUUCUGAAGAUAAAGAAGUUGUUCCACCAACUCCUUGUGCACCUAAAAUGGAGGCUUUCAGAGAACAAAUAGACCAUUACGAAAAUCUAUUUAUGGAUAUAGAAGACAUGGAUUCUUAUAAAGUGUUUAAUUCCUGGUUUCAGGUAGACAUAAGACCAUUCCGACAAGCCCUUCUAAACACUGUGAGAAAAUGGGGUAACAUGUACAAGGAGCAUUUAGUAGAUAAUGUUACAUCUAGCCUCAGUGAUUUGGGGAGUUUUAUACGAAAAGCUGACGAAGGUCUUCUACAGCCGGUACCCGAGGGUAGUUACGAGGCUCUGGUAUCAGUAAUGGGUUAUCUAAUGAACGUUAAAGAUCGAGCUGUUACAACUGACGAUAUGUUUCAGCCUCUUACUGAGACAAUUGAACUGCUCAAGUUUUAUGACAUGGAUAUACCUGAAGAAGUGAACGUGCUGUUACAAGAAUUGCCGGAACAAUGGCAGGCAACUAAAAAGUUAGCGUUUACUGUGAAGCAACAAGUUGCACCUCUACAAGCUGCUGAAGUUGCUGGUAUUAGAAAGAAAAUAACUACAUUUGAUUCACACGUUACUUAUUACAGAGACGUCUUUAAAAAAUACGAUUUUUUUAAAUAUGAAUGCGACGAACCCUAUGCGGUUAUGUCAAGAGUAGAUAAGGAAAUGCUCAACCUGGAAGACGAAAUGAAAGGCAUACAAGAAUCAGGUUCACUUUUUGAAGUUAAUGUUCCAGAAUUUAAGUUGUUGAAGCAAUGUAGGAAAGAGUUGAGAAUGUUAAAGCAACUCUGGGACUACGUAUAUAUUGUGAGAACAAGUAUAGAAGACUGGAAAACGACCCCCUGGCGUAAAAUUGAUGUAGAAAAUAUGGACAUUGAAUGCAAGAAGUUUGCUAAAGAGAUAAGAUUACUUGAUAAAGAAAUGAGAAGUUGGGAUACGUAUAUUACCUUAGAAGCAACAGUGAAAAAUAUGUUGACCUCUCUUAGAGCAGUCGCGGAAUUACAAAACCCCGCAAUUAGAGAAAGACAUUGGGAUCAACUAAUGAGGACAACUAAGAGCUUAGCCGCAUUACCACCUGAACUCACUGUGCGAAUAGUCAUGGAUACAAACACAACAUUAGCAGACUUAUUAGCCUUAAAUCUGCAUGAAUUUGAGGAAGAAGUAAAAAACAUUGUUGAUAAAGCAGUAAAAGAAAUGUCAAUGGAGAAAAUAUUGAAAGAUUUAAACACAACAUGGAGUGGAAUGGAAUUCGAACAAGAAAUGCACACAAGAACUGGUUGUGUUUUAUUAAGAGCCAGCGAAGAACUCAUUGAAACUCUUGAAGAGAACCAGGUGCAACUUCAAAAUUUAAUUACAUCAAAAUUUAUUGCACAUUUUCUCGAAGAAGUGUCCAGCUGGCAGCAAAAACUUUCAGUAGCAGAUCAAGUAAUCACAGUGUGGUUUGAGGUGCAAAGGACUUGGACACAUCUCGAAAGUAUAUUUAUGAGUUCUGAGGAUAUAAGAAAGCAAUUACCUGAUGAUUCCGCAAGAUUUGAUAGGAUCGAUGCCGAAUUUAAAAUUUUAUCAAAAGAUAUGUCAAAAACUCCAAAUGUUGUUGAAGGUACUAACAAAGAAGGGCUAGUAGCGAUUCUAGAUAGUUUACAAAAGGAUCUCGUUAUAUGUGAAAAAGCUUUAGCAGAAUAUCUAGAAACUAAAAGAUUAGCAUUUCCACGAUUUUAUUUUGUGUCUUCCGCUGAUCUUUUAGAUAUUUUGUCUAAUGGAAAUCAAGCUGAACUUGUUAUAAGGCAUUUAACAAAACUUUUUGAUUCUAUUGCAAAACUUAAAUUUAUUGAUAGUGACAAACCAAAUGAGAAGGUUGCAUCUGGGAUGAUAGCCAAAGAUGGUGAACUAGUUCCAUUUCAUGGUAGCUGCGAUUGUACUGGUGCUGUUGAAAUAUGGCUUAAUCGAUUACAAGACAUAAUGAGAUCCACUAUCCGACAGUGUUUCGGUGAAGCCAUCGUAUCCUACGAAGAAAAAUCACGAGAACAAUGGUUGUUCGACUUUAUGGCACAAGUAUCUCUAUGCUGCUCUCAAAUCUGGUGGACAUCGGAAGUUAAUAUCGCAUUCGGUAGAUUAGAAGAGGGAUAUGAUAAUGCCCUCAAGGAUUAUUAUAAAAAACAAUUGUCUCAACUCAGUACGUUGAUAACAUUACUAAUUGGAGAGCUUAGUAAACAAGAUCGACAAAAGAUUAUGACAAUUUGUACCAUAGAUGUGCAUUCAAGAGAUGUAGUCAGCAAAUUAAUUCAAGGAAAGGUGGAAGCUGGCUCAGCAUUUCAGUGGCAAUCGCAGCUUAGACACAGAUGGGGUGAAAAAGAACUACACUGUUUCGCAAACAUCUGUGAUGCUCAAUUUAAGUACAGUUACGAAUAUCUCGGAAAUACCCCAAGAUUGGUUAUUACACCUUUAACGGAUCGAUGCUAUAUAACGCUAACCCAAUCUUUGCAUUUAAUUAUGGGGGGUGGCCCUGCUGGCCCCGCAGGAACAGGGAAAACUGAAACAACGAAAGAUCUUGGAAGGGCUUUAGGCAUUAUGGUGUAUGUUUUCAAUUGCUCUGAACAAAUGGACUACCAGUCCUGUGGAAAUAUUUAUAAAGGAUUAGCUCAGACUGGUGCGUGGGGAUGUUUUGAUGAAUUCAAUCGGAUUUCAGUUGAAGUAUUAUCUGUUGUAGCAGUUCAAGUGAAAUCUGUUCAAGAUGCCAUAAGGGAUAAAAAAGAGAAAUUUAAUUUCAUGGGAGAAAUUAUAGUUUUGGUACCUACAGUUGGAAUUUUUAUUACAAUGAAUCCUGGUUAUGCAGGCAGAACAGAAUUACCUGAGAACCUGAAAGCACUUUUUAGGCCAUGUGCUAUGGUGGUACCAGAUUUUGAGUUGAUUUGUGAAAUAAUGUUAGUUGCUGAAGGAUUUCAGGAUGCUAAAAUCUUGGCUAGAAAAUUUAUCACCUUAUACACUUUGUGCAAAGAACUGUUGUCCAAACAAGAUCAUUACGAUUGGGGUCUACGGGCGAUAAAAUCAGUUUUGGUUGUAGCUGGUUCCCUGAAGAGAGGCGAUCCUGGGAGACCUGAAGAAGAAGUUUUAAUGAGAACAUUACGUGAUUUUAACAUACCAAAAAUAGUAACCGACGAUAUGCCUGUAUUUAUGGGUUUAAUUGGUGAUUUAUUUCCCGCUCUUGAAGUUCCUAGAAAAAGAGAUUUAGAGUUUGAGCGCACCGUUAAACAAGCGGCUAUGGACUUACUCUUACAACCAGAAGACAAUUUUAUUUUAAAAGUAGUACAGUUAGAAGAACUUCUAGAAGUUCGGCAUUCUGUGUUUAUUGUUGGCAACGCUGGUACAGGCAAAACUCAAGUUUGGAAAAGUCUAUUUAAAACUUACCAAAAUCUAAAGAAGAAACCAAUGUUUAAUGACCUAAAUCCAAAGGCAGUAACUAAUGAUGAAUUGUUUGGAAUAAUAAAUCCCGCUACAAGAGAAUGGAAAGAUGGUUUAUUUUCUGUUAUCAUGAGGGAUCAGGCAAAUAUUGUGGGCGAAAACCCAAAAUGGAUAGUAUUAGAUGGAGAUAUAGAUCCCAUGUGGAUUGAAUCAUUGAACACGGUCAUGGAUGAUAAUAAAAUCCUUACUUUGGCGAGUAAUGAGAGAAUUGCUCUAACACCAAGCAUGAGAUUAAUGUUUGAAAUUUCUAAUUUAAGGACCGCUACUCCGGCAACUGUUUCAAGAGCUGGUAUUUUAUACAUCAAUCAACAAGAUUUGGGAUGGAAUCCGUACGUAACGAGCUGGGUUGAGACUAGAAAAAUACCUGCGGAAAAGUCAAAUUUGGUCAUUCUUUUUGACAAAUACAUUCCUCCUUGUUUGGAAAAUAUAAGAAACAGGUUUAAGAAGAUAACACCAAUAGCAGACAUGGCCCACAUACAAAUGCUAUGUCAUUUGUUAAGUUGUUUAUUGGUCCCAGAGAACACACCUCCAGAUUGUACAAAAGAUUGGCAUGAUAUAUUUUUUGUUUUUGCAUGUGUUUGGGCCUUUGGGUCUGCUAUGUUCCAAGACACGAAUGUAGAUUACAGGAUUGAAUUUUCAAAAUGGUGGGUUAAUGAGUUUAAAAAUGUAAAAUUUCCACCUGGUGGAACAGUUUUUGACUAUUAUAUUGAUCCUGAAACAAAGCAGUUUACACCUUGGACUGAGAAAAUUACUAAAUUUGAAUUAGAUAGUGACAUUCCUUUGCAGGCAGUACUAGUUCCAACAGCAGAAACAAUUCGGGUUCGAUAUUUUUUGGAUUUACUUAUGAAAAACAAACAUCCCGUAAUGUUAGUAGGAAGUGCCGGCUGUGGCAAAACUGUUCUUGUCAAUGAAAAGCUUCAAAGCCUUUCAGAAAACUAUGCCAUACAGUCCAUUCCAUUCAAUUUCUAUACAACAUCUGAAAUGCUACAAAAGAUUUUAGAAAAACCUUUAGAAAAAAAGGCAGGUCGUAAUUACGGACCCCCAGGAAACAAGACACUUAUAUACUUUAUAGACGACAUGAACAUGCCAGAAGUUGAUCCUUACGGAACCGUACAACCCCAUACUAUUAUACGACAGCAUUUAGACUACAAUCAUUGGUACGACCGAACCAAAUUAACUUUAAAAGAAAUCCACAACACUCAAUACGUGUCGUGUAUGAACCCGACUUCUGGUAGUUUCACAAUUAAUCCCCGAUUGCAAAGACACUUUUGUGUGUUUGCUAUAAGUUUUCCGAAUAUUGAGGCACUCAAUAAUAUCUACCAUUCUAUUUUGAGUCAGCAUUUGGCAAACCCCGAGUUGAGAAUUGGUGGACAAAUUGCUAAAAUAUCAAGAAAUGUUGUUGCGGCAACGAUAGCUUUACAUAAUAAAGUAUCACAAGUGUUUUUACCAACUGCAAUCAAAUUUCAUUACAUCUUUAAUUUGAGGGAUUUAUCGAACGUAUUUCAGGGUUUUCUUUUUAGUACAAAUGAAUGUUUAGUAAUUCCUUCAGACUUAAUACGGCUUUGGCUACAUGAGACUCAUAGAGUUUAUGGAGAUAAGUUGACAGAAGAUAAAGAUAUCGAUGCAUUCCUCAAGAUGCAAGUGGAUCUGUGUAAAAAAAAUUUUGAGGAAAUCGAUGAGGGUACAGUGUUUGAAAGACCGAAUAUCUACUGCCAUUUUGCGGGUGGCAUCGGUGAACCAAAAUACAUGCCAGUGUCUUCCUGGGAGCAGCUUAACAAGCUUCUUACUGAGGCUUUAUCGAGCUACAAUGACCUUAUAGCGGCUAUGAACCUCGUCCUAUUUGAAGAUGCAAUGAUGCAUAUCUGCAGAAUCAGCCGUAUUCUUGAAAGCCCACGUGGGAGUGCUCUUUUGGUGGGUGUGGGAGGUUCUGGCAAACAAUCAUUAUCACGCUUGGCAGCCUUUAUAUCAAGUUUGGAAGUAUCUCAAAUCCAGUUGAAAAAAGGAUACGGUGUGUCAGAUUUGAAACAUGAACUUUCCGGCUUGUAUAUCAAGACAGGACUGAAAAAUGUUGGCAUUAUGUUCUUAAUGACUGAUGCUCAAGUUGCUAAUGAGCAAUUUCUAGUUUUAGUCAAUGAUUUACUAGCUUCAGGUGAAGUUGGAGAUCUAUUUCCCGAUGACGAAAUAGAAAAUAUUAUUGGCGGUGUUCGAAAUGAGGUCAAAGGUGCAGGUUUACCGGAUACCAGAGAAAUAUGUUGGAAAUUCUUUAUCGAUCGCGUCCGUAAGCAGCUAAAAGUUGUAUUGUGUUUCUCGCCUGUGGGAUCUACUUUGCGAGUACGAUCCAGAAAAUUCCCUGCAUUGAUUAACUGCACUUCUAUUAACUGGUUUCAUGAAUGGCCACAAGAAGCUCUGGUGUCGGUGUCGAUGAAGUUUUUAGAGGAAUUAUUUGCGUUGCCCAUAUCUCUUCGGGAUUCGGUCUCCAGAUUUAUGGCGUAUGUACAUACAUCAGUCAAUACUAUAUCUAAAGCAUAUUUAUCUAACGAACGGCGUUACAACUAUACAACGCCUAAGAGUUACCUCGAGCAAAUCAGUUUGUACGCCAAAUUGGUAAACCAGAAAACCGAGGAGCUUCGUGCUAAAAUAGUCAGGUUGGAAAAUGGUUUAGAGAAACUACGAAGUACAGCAUCACAAGUGGACGAAUUAAAAGCUAAAUUGGCAUUACAAGAAAUUGAAUUAACUCAGAAGAAUGAAGCCGCUGACAAACUAAUUGAAAUGGUUGGAGUAGAAACUGCUAAAGUGCAAACCGAGAAAGCACUUGCUGACGAGGAGGAAGAAAGAGUAGCAGUCAUAGCAGAAGAGGUAUCGAAAAAGCAAAAAGAUUGCGAGGAAGACCUUAUAAAAGCUGAACCUGCAUUAGUUGCUGCACAAGAGGCUUUAAACACUCUCAAUAAAGCAAACUUGACUGAACUGAAGUCUUUCGGUUCGCCACCAGGAGCUGUUACUAAUGUGACAGCAGCCGUUAUGGUAUUAUUGGCGCCUGGUGGUAAAAUUCCAAAAGAUCGAAGCUGGAAAUCUGCAAAGAUGAUGAUGGCAAAAGUCGACGUAUUUCUGGAACUACUGAUAAAUUAUGAUAAAGAAAACAUUCAUCCCGAUGUCAUUAAGGCUAUACAACCUUACCUUAAAGACUCUGAAUUUGAACCAGAAUUCAUAAGGUCAAAGUCAGCUGCGGCAGCUGGUCUUUGCGCCUGGGUUAUCAAUAUUAUAAAGUUCUAUGAAGUAUUCUGUGACGUGGAACCAAAGAGAAAAGCACUUGCUGCGGCUAACGCUGAAUUGGCAGCUGCAACAGAAAAACUAAAGGCUAUAAAGUCUAAAGUUGCGUCCUUAGAAGAGCAACUUGCAACCCUUACGGCAGAUUUCGAGAAAGCAACAGCGGAGAAGCUCAAAUGUCAGCAAGAAGCAGACGCUACAAAUAGAACUAUUCAGCUCGCAAAUCGUUUAGUCAAUGGUCUUGCUAGUGAAAAUGUCAGAUGGGCCGAAGCUGUAUCAAUAUUUAUGCAACAGAGUACAACAUUGCCGGGGGAUGUGCUACUAGUGUGCGCCUUUAUAUCCUAUGUUGGUUGUUUCACUAAAACUUAUAGGAUGGAUUUAUUGCACAAAAAUUGGCUGGUCUUUUUAAAAACUUUAGAGCCACCUAUACCUAUCACUGAAGGCUUGGAUCCUUUGACAAUGCUAACUGAUGAUACUACAAUUGCCAUGUGGCAUAAUGAAGGUCUCCCUUCAGACCGCAUGAGUACUGAAAAUGCGACGAUUCUUUCGAAUUCUGAUCGCUGGCCUUUAAUGAUUGAUCCACAGCUACAAGGAGUCAAGUGGAUAAAACAAAAGUAUGGGGAUAUAUUACAAGUGAUUCGGCUUGGUCAAAAAGGAUAUCUGGAUACCAUAGAGAAAGCUAUUAUUAAAGGAGAUAUAGUUCUGCUAGAAAAUAUUGGAGAAACGGUUGAUCCCGUAUUGGAUCCACUUCUGGGUAGAAAUCUGAUUAAGAAAGGAAGGGCUAUAAAAAUAGGUGAUAAGGAAGUAGAGUACAGUCCAAAAUUUAAAUUACUUCUGCACACCAAGUUGGCGAAUCCACAUUAUAAACCAGAAAUGCAGGCGCAAACGACUUUAGUUAAUUUUACCGUUACUCGAGAUGGACUUGAAGAUCAACUUUUAGCAGAAGUGGUUAAAGCAGAAAGACCAGAUUUAGAAGAGUUGAAAGCUGAACUGACAAAACAGCAAAAUCAAUUUAAAAUUCAACUUAAAGAGCUAGAAGAUGAUUUGUUAUCACGCCUUUCCUCAGCCGGUGGAAAUAUUUUAGGUGAUACAGCAUUAAUAGAAAAUUUAGAAAUAACCAAAAAGACAGCCGCUGACAUUGAGAAAAAGGUAGCCGAGGCAAAAAUAACUUCUCACCAGAUAGAUCAAGCACGUGAAUUCUACCGACCAGCUGCUGCUAGAGCAUCACUUUUGUACUUUAUUUUAAAUGACUUGAAUACAAUCAACCCUAUCUAUCAGUUCUCCCUAAAGGCAUUUAGCGUGGUUUUCCAAAAAGCGAUAUCAAAAGCAGAACCAGCUGACGAAGUAAGCCAGAGAAUUAAAAACUUAAUCGAUUGUAUUUCAUAUUCGGUGUUCCAAUAUACUUCAAGAGGAUUAUUUGAAUGCGAUAAGCUUAUUUUUGCAUCACAGAUGACUUUUCAGGUUCUUCUAAUGAGUGAAGAAGUAUUGCCAGCAGAAUUGGAUUUUUUUCUACGUUUUCCAAUAAAGCCACAUGUAACAAGCCCAGUCGACUUCCUCUCUAAUCAAAGUUGGGGAGGAAUAUGUUCCUUAGCUAGUAAAGAUGAAUUUAGAAAUUUAGACAGAGAUAUUGAGACUUCACCUAAGAGAUGGAAGAAAAUAGUAGAAAUGGAAUGUCCUGAACGAGAGAAAUUUCCACAAGAAUGGAAAAAUAAAACAGCCCUUCAAAGGUUGUGCAUGUUAAGGGCACUAAGGCCCGAUAGAAUGACAUACGCAGUUGCAACCUACAUUGAAGAAAAAAUGGGUUCAAAAUAUGUCGAAAACCGAACAGUAGAAUUUAGCAAGUCGUUUGAAGAAACCAGUCCAACUACUCCUAUAUUUUUCAUUUUGUCUCCUGGUGUUAAUCCGCUCAAGGAUGUUGAGGCUUUAGGGAGAGCAAUGGGGUUCACGGCCGAUAAUGGAAACUUUCAUAAUGUUUCCUUGGGUCAGGGACAAGAAAUAGUCGCUGAGCAGGCGAUGGAUGAAUCUCUUAAAAGCGGCCAUUGGGUAGUUUUGCAGAAUAUUCAUCUCGUAAAGAAAUGGUUACCAAGCCUAGAAAAGAAAAUGGAAAGUUUUGCAGGAGGUUGCCAUCACGAUUUCAGAUUGUUUAUGUCAGCCGAACCAGCUGCUACUCCUGCUGCGCAUAUAAUACCACAGGGUAUACUAGAAUCAAGCAUUAAGAUAACUAAUGAACCACCUACGGGCAUGCAGGCAAAUUUGCACAAGGCCCUUGACAAUUUUAACCAAGAAACGUUGGAAAUGUGUGGGAAAGAAGCAGAAUUCAAAGCAAUUCUUUUCUCUCUUUGUUAUUUUCAUGCUGUUGUUGCCGAGAGAAGAAAAUUUGGACCUCAAGGGUGGAACAAAAUUUAUCCCUUUAAUAUAGGUGACCUAACAAUUAGUGUUUUCGUAUUAUUUAAUUACCUGGAGGCAAAUUCUAAAGUUCCUUGGGAAGAUUUGAGGUACCUUUUUGGAGAGAUCAUGUAUGGAGGUCACAUAACUGAUGACUGGGAUAGGAGACUGUGUAACGCCUAUCUUGAAGAAUUGAUGCAACCAGACUUGGUCGAUGGAGAGCUACACUUAGCUCCAGGGUUUCCUGCGCCCCCUAAUACAGACUACGUCGGGUACCAUCAGUAUAUAGAAGAUGCAAUGCCUACAGAAUCACCCUACUUGUAUGGACUCCAUCCUAAUGCUGAAAUUGGUUUUUUAACUACUACUUCAGAGAAUUUGUUUAGGACAAUAUUUGAAAUGCAACCAAGAGACGCUCAAGCAUCUGGAGCUACAACUGUAACAAGAGAAGAUAAGGUAAAACAAAUGUUAGAUGAAGUGGUGGAAAAGUUGCCCGAAGAGUUUAACAUGGUCGAGAUAAUGGGCAAGGUUGAGGAGAGGACGCCAUAUGUGAUUGUAGCGUUCCAAGAAUGUGAGCGUAUGAAUUACUUGACUGGUGAAAUGAAGAGGUCUUUAAGAGAGUUAGAUCUUGGUCUUAAGGGUGAACUAACAAUAACUUCAGACAUGGAAGAAUUGGAAAAUGCUCUAUUUUUAGAUCAGGUUCCCGCCAUUUGGACUAAAAGGGCAUAUCCGUCUUUACUUGGUCUAUCAGCAUGGUUCGUAGAUUUACUACUACGUCUACGAGAACUUGAAACUUGGGCAACAGAUUUUGUGUUACCAACAUCUGUGUGGUUGGGAGGUUUUUUCAAUCCUCAAAGUCUGCUGACGGCUAUCAUGCAGAGCACGGCAAGACGUUAUGAGCUACCCCUUGACAAGAUGUGUCUACAGUGCGAUGUUACCAAGAAAAUGAAAGAGGAUUUCACAAUAGCUGAUUCUCGGUCGGCUCCAAAAGAUGGUGCAUAUGUGCAUGGCCUUCUUAUGGAGGGUGCGCGGUGGGACAUGCAUGCAGGGAUCAUAAUGGACUCUCGCCUCAAGGAUCUUUUCCCGCCUAUGCCAGUUAUCAACGUUCGGGCAAUAACACAAGACAAGCAGGAUUUGCGCAACAUGUAUGAAUGCCCGGUGUACAAGACACGCACCCGGGGACCCACUUACGUCUGGACAUUCAAUCUCAAGACAAAGGACAAACCAUCGAAGUGGACUUUAGCUGGCGUUGCAUUGUUAUUGCAGAUUUAAAUACUCUUUCAAUUAUUAGGAAGCUAUUCUAGCUAUUGCCGGCGACUUCUUCUUCUUUAAAAGUUUUUUUUACAAAUACCUUGGGAAACGUUUUUUUUCCUGCAGGUCUAG